AUGGCGACCCAGGCCAAGCGCCGGCGGGUGAGUGGCGGGCCGCGGGCACCGCGCGCGCCCCCCGCGCUCGCUCCCGCGCGCCCCCUCCCGCCCCCGGAGCCCUGCCCUGGCGCCGGCGAGCCCUCGCGGCCGUGUCCGGGGGUCGGGCCUGCGGGCGGCGGGGACCCGGACCCGGACCCGGUGGCCGGCUUCCUGCGCUGGUGCCGGCACGUGGGGCUGGAGCUGAGCCCCAAGGUGGCGGUGAGCCGGCAGGGCACGGUGGCCGGCUACGGCAUGGUGGCUCGGGAGAGCGUGCAGCCCGGGGAGCUGCUGUUCGCGGUGCCGCGGGCCGCGCUGCUGUCGCAGCACACCUGCUCCAUCAGCGGCCUGCUGGAGCGAGAGCGAGGCGCGCUGCAGAGCCCGUCGGGCUGGGUGCCGCUGCUGUUAGCGCUGCUCCACGAGCUGCAGGCCCCGGCUUCCACCUGGAGCCCUUACUUCGCGCUCUGGCCCGAGCUGGGCCGGCUGGAGCACCCCAUGUUCUGGCCGGAGGAGCAGCGCCGGCGGUUGCUGCAGGGCACGGGAGUCCCCGAGGCGGUGGAGAAGGAUCUGGCCAACAUCCGCAGCGAGUUCUGUUCCAUCGUGCUGCCCUUCAUGGAGGCCCACCCUGAUCUUUUCAGCCCUGGGGUUCGCUCUCUGGAGCUCUACCGCCAGCUUGUGGCGCUAGUGAUGGCCUACAGCUUUCAGGAACCACUGGAGGAAGAGGAUGAAGAAAAGGAGCCCAAUGCCCCUUUGAUGGUGCCUGCUGCGGACAUCCUAAAUCACGUAGCCAACCACAAUGCCAACUUAGAAUACUCUCCAAAUUGUCUUCGGAUGGUGGCUACUCAGCCCAUUCCUGAAGGCCACGAGAUAUUCAACACUUAUGGUCAAAUGGCUAACUGGCAACUGAUUCAUAUGUACGGUUUUGUUGAACCAUACCCUGACAACACUGAUGAUACAGCUGACAUUCAGAUGGUGACGGUUCGUGAAGCAGCUUUACGGGGAAUAAACACUGAAUCCGAAAGACUACUACUCUAUGAACGCUGGGAUUUCUUAUGCAAACUGGAAAUGGUAGGGGAAGAAGGAGCCUUUGUGAUUGGGCGUAAAGAGGUGCUGACUGAAGAGGAACUGAUCACUACGCUAAAGGUACUUUGCAUGCCUGCUGAAGAGUUCAGAGAGUUUAAGGACCAGGAUGAAUGGGGUGAUGACCAAAGGGAAGAGGAUAGCCUACUGAUCACAAAUAUCCCCAAGCUCAAAGCAUCAUGGAAACGACUUCUUCGGGACAGUGUUUUGUUGACCCUGAAAACCUAUGCCACAGACUUAAAAUCUGACCAAGAUUUACUCAGAAAUGAGGUCUACUCUAAACUUGGCUGGAGGGAACAGCAAGCCUUACAGGUUUGCUACGGUCAGAAGAUGAUCUUACACCAGCUGUUAGAAAUGACAAGUUAGCAGGCUCUCCGUUGGCCAAAGGAACCGUCCACAGGAAAAAAUUUAUUUAAGCUGUCAGUCACUGAUACUUGAAAAAAGAGGAAAAUAUGGACCUUUUGUUUUGAUUUCCUUAUUAAAUACCAA